UCCUGUUUAAAGUUAUAGUCAAUUUUACAACUUCUUUGCCAUGACGAAAUAAUGUAAACAAAUCCUAAAAUUACUGAAAUCACAAUUUAAACAACUUAACAGAAUAAUGAAUGCAAGUGCUUUUUUUAUUAUUAUAAACUUCACAUUUCAGCCUUUAAACCCUCCGAAAUUGGUCCCAUUCACUUCCAUUGUAAGUGCCUCACUGUUACCUCGAUGUUUUUUUUAUUAUUUUUUUUUUUUUUUAAGAAAAAGAGGGACGAUUCAAGAUAUUUAUUUAUAACUUUUUUUUUUAGGUAAUCAACAUUAAUGCCACAAAUGCUGUUGAUUGACUUUAACUUGUAUUGAACCCGGAAUAUUCCUUUAAUCUGUCUAUUAAUGUGUGCAAGAAUAUUCAAAUGUUUAUUCAUAUGUUAACAUGAAUGUAAAAACAGCUAGGCAUUAUAUGGGGGCUAAAGUAUUAUGUACUGUACACUCCAAGUAGGGUAUGGUCCGGCUAGCACACUUAAGGUGAGAAGGAUUCCCUUGCUGUGCAUAAAUGAUUACAUAUGUGAUGAGAUUAAUAUUAAGGCCAUCUCUAAUCUACAUCACCAUAAUUAAAAGAAAAUAUAAAGCAAAAUUAAUACGUAUCUGUCAAUUGUAUGUUUGCAGGGUUUAUAAAAAAAAAAAAAAAAAAAAUUGCGCACAGUCUGUUUUAUAUUGAAGUAGGCCAAUCAUGAAAUGCGUAUUUGUGCGCAGACACGAGUCUAUCAACUUGCAUUUGAAAACAAAACAGGAAGUCUUAAGUAUUGUGGGACGUGUAGUUCCGCUUGUAGGCCGCUGGUCUGGAUAACAGCAGACGAAGGAACCAAACACAACACAAAUUAGGGAAACCUCUUAAGGAUUGCGGUAAUACCGGUGGGUCUUCUACACAAUCAUGCCAGGCUUUACUUGUUGCGUGCCUGGAUGCUACAACAACACACACCGGGACCGCGAGCUGCGAUUCUACACCUUUCCCAAGGACCCUUCUCAGCGCGGGAUAUGGCUGAAUAACAUUUCACGGGCCGGAGUGAGCGGCUGCUUCAGCACUUUCCAGCCCACCAUCGGGCACCGCGUAUGCAGCGUACACUUCCCCGGGGGCAGGAAAACCUACACCAUCCGCGUCCCGACCCUUUUCCCUCUGCGUGGAGUGAACGAGAGGAAGAGUAGACGGAGCAGAACCAGGAAAGUGUCCGCGGUUGUGCCCAUCAUUACCAGCGAGGCUGCACCAGUGGAAGAUGAGGGGUACACCGAAAACACGACCUUGUUGCAGAUAGGCCAAAAUGGCGAGUACUUGGCACCCGUGGAUCUCACAGACUCCUGCCUCACGGCGGUGGUGUCUGGUGAGGGUGGAGAUCUGCCCGCGGGCAGCGCGAUCCCCGUGGCCGAUCUCGCGCUGUGUGGAGCGGAACACUCGUACUCGCUUACCACCGGCACGACGUCAGGAGAACUGCUGCGCAAACUGAACGAGCAGCGGGAUAUAAUUGCGCUGAUGGAGAUCAAAAUGAAUGAGAUGAAGAACACCAUCCAACAGCUGCGCGUCUCCGAAGCGCGUCUGCAGGAGGAGCUGCGGGAAAGGGACCGUCUGAUCUCCACCGGAGCCGUCAUUAGUUAGAAAAUCUGAUGGAAAACGAUGGACUAAAAACGCAUAGGACAGUAUGUGUGGAAGAUCACCGCAGCAAGGCGACAGCAUUUGAGUUUCUUCGUAGUUCUCAUUUAACUCCUCUCGUCUUUCUCCAGGACAAAGAGAUGGCUAGAUGUGUUUGUAUCAGUAUUUUAGGGCGCGGGCUGUCCGGUACAGCGCAACACGGGACUGAGAAGUCGUCAGCGGACUGGUCCUUCUUAUUUUAUAUGUCACGAUAUACAUUUGUGUUGAUUUCUGAGAUGAAGGGGCUCUCCGCUGCAGCAGUUUUGCCCAAGAUCUGCCCACUGCCACAUGUCAAACUGUUACACGCACACAGAGACUUCAUACAAGUGUGUGAACAAUCGCGUAUCAUUUGUUUUUUCUAACAUUGUUUUUAAUAUCCGAGCGUUAAGAUGAGAGCUUCAGGUCCAAGUGAACUGAUUGCUUACACGCAGGUGACUGCAGAUAGUAAAGAUGAAUGAAGUAAACCGCUUUUGAAUAUUAUUACGAAAAAGAAAAAAAAAGAGCCUCACAACAUAAUGUCAUGACAUUUAUAACCUUUAGACAAACAAUUCAUGCAUUCAGUUCUGAGUCUCUGCUUUGGAAGAUUAUCACACCAGUCAUUUAUAGGUCAUAAAGGAUAAUAAUAAACAAAUAAUCUCAGUAA